AUGUGCGGCGCUUUCACUUGCGAUGCUGGGCCCCUGACCAUCCAGCGCUGGAAAGUCCGAGGCUCCCGCGGCCCCACUGCCUCGGCUCUGCCCACGGUACUGCCCUUGGGUUUGGAGGGCGAACUUCGGGCGAAGCUGUGUGUUGCUCUGGCGACCAAAGAAGACCAGCGCAUUGCAGAAGAACGUCAGAAAAGUCCUGAGAAAGCAGUGCCGAAAGCGCAGGAGAAGUUGCCGCCCCAGCAGGGUGAGUGGCGCCCAAGGUGGCAUGUGCUUCGGGACCAUGAUGCCUUUCCCGGACAAGACUUGGGCAAAGUUCCCAUUUCUCAACUGGCCGAGGCCAAGGCAUUUUGCGAAAGAAAAGCUUUAGCGGGGCUGGUGGUCUUUGGAGGAGUAGCCUACCUCAGGGCCCAGCACUCGGCAGAUGCGCUCCGACAGGCAGCCAAUUUCCAAGAAGGGGCCGAUCUGCUGUUGAGGCCGUCUCUAGAGUCCCCAGCUCGACCGCAGGCGCCGAAGGAGACAACACGAUUGCGCGUAGCUGUGCUGGCGACGCAGGAUGAGUUUGAUGAGACCAGCCUGUUUGACCCCGGGAUGGUCAGCAGCACCGGCAAUGGGCGGCGCUAUGCAGCGCAGGCCCUGGUGAGAUCCGUGCAGCAGAGCCGGGAGUUGGAGCUCACGGCGGUGCUGGUCUAUGAUUGGAAGAACGAGAAAGGACAUUGGGCAGUGCCCAGUGAAGGGCCGCAACAACUGACGUUGACAAUCCGUGGUGGUGAGCCAGUCACGGCAUGGCGUGGCAGCAUGGGGCAGCUGCUAGGCGCUUGCGCCGGCGACUUGGACACAGACUUGGCCGUGUCCAUCCAAGCGCGCCGCACGUCGCUGGAGCUCAUGUUGAGGAGCAUCAAAGCCAAGAAGUAUGUGGUUAUGGGCCAUGACUACAACCUACCCUUUGGUCCGUGGGGGAUGGAGGUGGAGCCUCAGAUGUUGGCCUUGCACCAGACCUUCAUCCAAAACCCCAAAAUCUGCAUGUUUUGUACUUCUCAGCACUUGGCGGACUUUGUUCAGAAAUUUUCCCAAGGCAAAGUGAAAACAAAGCUGUGCUACUGUGCAGACUAUGGCUACUUUGAUGGCAAAGUGCAGCCUGUGCAGCCGGAUGAACAGAAAUACGUCACCUUCAUUAGCCCUUGCCCAGCCAAGGGCUUGGCCAUCGUCCUGCGCUUGGCCUUGAUGUUUCCAAAGGUGGAGUUCCUGUGUGUCAGCACUGGCUGGACUAAGACGUUGCACGAGGUUCAGUUGCGCGCGCAUGGCAAUGUGAAGAUUGUGCCUGGCACUGAUGAUUUAGAUGCUGUCUAUCGUCAGACUGCUGUGCUUAUCAUGCCCUCGCUUUGGCAAGAGUCUUUUGGCCUCGUGGCAGUAGAGGCUCAGCUCCGGGGCAUCUGCGUGGUGAGCAGCGGUUCCUACGGCCUCAGGGAGGCCAACUUCAUUGAGGAACUGCAGGCUGAUGUGACCUUAGUGCAUGACUCCAGGACGCGUGAGAUGCUAAGAGGCAUCACCCUCACAGAGGCGGAGGAACGCUUGGAUCCUCUGCGAAAACGACGCGAAGGCCAUGAUCACAUUCACAUGGCCCACACCCUGAUUGCCACGGAAAAGGAAGUUGAGGGCUUUGCACAGCUUUUGCACCGCUUAGUGGUGCCCUGGCUGUUUAGAUGGCCGCCUCCGUUCAUCUCCUGUGUUUGUUGUUGGCUGGACAUGCGGGAAUUAAAACAAAUGAACCCAACCAGCUUCCACCGUCAAAGGCUGAGCAGUGCUGUUGAAAUUGAUGUUGAAACCACCAGCAUCAUCAGCAUUUGCCAGCCAAUGUUUGGAGUGAUCAUCAUGAUUCUGACUAUUCUGACCAUGACUGGUUGGUGGUUUAGAACAUGUUUUUCCAUAUAUUGGGAGUAA